ACAUUAAACAUUAUAUUGUAAAAUGAACUUUACUUAUCGAGUUUAUUCUGUCACAUUUUAAUCAAUGUGAGUGCCAGUAAAAGUUUAACUUCACACGUAUUCGAUAUUAUUAUACCUGUUCAACCUACGAUAAAUACCAUUCAUUGAUAUGAAAAAAGCUUCGAUGACGUCCGUUUUGAUAUCAACAAUAAAUGUUCUGAUAUUGUACGCGAAGAUUGCUCGUUGUUGCGGCGGUUACGAGUUAAUAAUCGAUUAUAUCAGAAACUGCGACUCAGACAAUAUUAUCGAACUGUCUGAUAAUUUUAACGUCAUCUUGAAACCUAAUUGCGAAGUACAUUUCAACGGAUGCAUUAUCUCGCAUGCCAAUAUCACCAGUUCUAUAACCGAAUACACCGUUCAAAAGAACUCGGUAAAGAUGUCGGGCAAAAAGGACGGUUGCAAACAGCUCGACAAUAUCAAACCGUCGAGCGAUAUUGAAAAGGGUUUGGACUUACUCGGAUUACCGAAGCGUUGUCCAAUUAAUAAGGGAACGGUGUGUUUGGGAAUUAAAUCGAUUAACGUGAGUAAGUAUAAAUUACUAAUGAAUGUAAUAGUCGGUCAUCUCAAGGGGAAAUCGGUAAUGACCACUAACGCGGGCAAGUCCUGCAUGGAGUUCUCGGCGAAAUUGGUCAACAGUCUCGUAAAAGUCGUGGGUCACAGCGUGAUUGGUUGAUAUCUAUAAAUCUUAUUAUUUUAUUAUAUAAUAUAAUAUUAAAAUAUAUUGACACAUGAAGUACACCUAUAGUAAUAUCUAAUAAAUCAGAAAAUUAAAACGCAUUAUUUAGUACUUUUGUAA